AAAAACCAAUAAGGAAAACAUUUAUUUUUCGAGGGUUGUGUGGCGCUUUUCUAUUCACGUGGCGAUAAGUUAUCAAAUUGUUUAUUUUGCGCAAUUUUUCAUUUUAUUAUAUUUAAGUUUUAUUGUGGGACUUUCCGGUCCUUUUAUUUCGUUUUUAUUGGUUGGCUGCUUGACACAGUUAACCUCUAAAAUUAAAUUCGGCCUUGAAGCGUCGCAACGGCCUUUGUUUUUCGUGUUGUCACCAAAAAUUAUCAGAAAUGGCAGGAAGAGUUGCAGAAAUCAAAGAUGAGCUCAACAAAUCGCUUCACGAUAAAUCAAAACCGUGGACUUCCCUUUUGACGACAUUCGAAGCGAAAACCGGCGUGGACAGACUCUACAUCUUCAUAGGUUCCAUUGCUAUUAUUGGACUAUGGCUCGUUUUUGGAUAUGCCGCACAACUAGUGUGCAAUACUGUUGGAUUCCUGUAUCCAGCUUAUGUCUCAAUUCGUGCCAUCGAGUCCAAACAGAAGGAUGAUGAUACUAAGUGGUUGACCUACUGGGUAGUUUUUGCAAUUUUUUCCAUCUUUGAGUUCUUCUCCGAUCUUAUUGUUGGCUGGUUUCCACUUUACUGGCUUAUGAAGUGUGUCUUCUUCGUGUGGCUCAUGAUCCCCACUGAACUCAACGGUUCAUUGAUUCUGUACCGAAGAAUUGUGCGUCCGUACUUCUUGAAACAUCACAACGCUGUUGAUGAUGUCUUAGCCAAGGCUAAAGAUGAAGCUCAUAAACUUUUGGAUAAAACAGAAUAAAUGAUUCAUAAACGGGGGGCGUUCUUCCAACAUAUUUCUCAAAAUGCUUUAUUCAUAUUUCAAGUGACUUUCAGGAAUGUUUUAUUUACGUUUUGAGAUUAUAUAGUAUUAUAUUUCAAAUUAUUUUAGUGCCUUUUGGGAUGGUUUUUGUGUUUGUAAAUUCAUAAAUGUUACCCACUAUUUUUGUAUCACACCGUUUUACGAUCUCAUGUGAAACACAGGUUUAUUGCAAAGCUCAAAUGUGCUUUAAAUUGUUUUGUCCAGUUAGCUGCUCUAAUUAAAUAAUUAAAUUUU